AUGCGUUCAUUGCCUGACAAUGUUUUUAUUGUUGAUGAUGAAUUUCAUUUAUUUACUAAAGGAAGAGAAUUGGAUUACUACCAGGAUGACUACUAUCUUAAGCUGAUUGAUUUUUCCAACAACAAUUUAUCUGGAGAAAUUCCUAAAGAAUUGUUUUAUUUGACUGAAAUGUGGUCGUUGAACUUAUCCCGAAAUCACUUGGUUGGAAAGAUUCCGAAAGAAAUUGGAGGCAUGAAAAGUUUGGAAUCUCUUGAUCUCAGCAACAAUAGACUCUCUGGGGAAAUUCCUUGGACCAUCUCUAAUUUGUCUUUUAUUGCUUAUUUGAACCUCUCAUACAACAAUUUUAACGGGCAAAUUCCGUUGGGAACUCAAAUUCAAACUUUUGAUGUCUGGAGUUUUGUGGGCAAUCUUGAACUUUGCGGAGAUCCUCUUCCAAAGAAGUGCAAUGUGAAAGAAGAAACUUUCAACUCAAAUCCUGCUGAAGGAAAUGAAGAUGACAACUUUCUAAAGUCAUUGUAUCUUGGAAUGGGGGUUGGAUUUGCAGUGGGCUUCUGGGGAGUUUGUGGUUCUCUCUUUCUCAUUAGGGCAUGGAGACACAAAUUUUUUCAAUGGUUUUAUGAUUUGGUAGAUCAACUUUGUGUUGUCGUGGUCCUGUGUUUUAAAAGCUCUUGUUGAACAUGCAUAAGGAACAAACUACUCUUGAGGUAGCAAGUUAGCUGCCAUAUUUUUUAUAAGUGUAGUUAUUUUCCUCUCUUUGCUUGUUCUUCUUAACUGAUUCUGUGUUAUGUUUGUUAUUGUUCAAUAUGUUUUCUCUACCCGAUGCAAGUGCAACAGGAAGCAUGGAAUUCAAUACUAUUUAGCUUCUGCUUCAUGCAUCAACUGGGGCAUUGCUGCAGAUUCGUAUUUUCCAGGCCUCGUUGUUUCCUGUUUAAUGUCCUUUCAUCAUCUUAGCUAUACUGAACAGUGAAAAAGAGAGAGGAGAGGUAAUAACAAUUAUUAAUGUAUAUGUGUGUUCUCAUGCAUUGUUGUGUGAAGAAUCUUUUGUUGAA